UGCACCAAACUAGAAUGUUUAUGUAUAAUUUACCACUACUCGGUACUAAUAUCUUCAUAAUAUUAGCCGUGUAUCAAUAUAACUGGUUUUAUAUGUCACAAUACCAUUUGACAUUAAGCAGGAAAUUAAACUAGCCAUUUUGGACUCUCUAUUAUAAAAAGGUUAUGUGACCCGACUCUCACAACCGGCCUCUGUGGUGUCGUGGUUAAGCCAUCGGACUAAGGCUGGUAGGUACUGGGUUCGCAGCGAGAGUUUUAACGACUCGAUGAGUACAUGUAGGUGUACUACCAUUACACCCUGUUUUCUCUAACUAACCACUAACCGCUAACUCACUGUCCUGGACAGACAGCCCAGAUGGCUAAGAUGUGUGCCCAGGACAGCGUGCUUGAACCGUAACUGAAUAUAAGCACGAAAACAAGCAUUGUUAACGUUUGUUGGCAGCCAUUCGACCUGCUUUGAAAAGUCGUUCCACCUCUGUGCACCGUUUUGAAAGAGGGUGCUCUGAAAAAUGUCAAGAUAUGUAUCACAUCACGGUUUGUCAACAGAACUGAAUAAAGGAAGCAAUAUGGAGGCUAGAGCUCGUAUGAAUUACAGCUGUGGUACAAAACGAAAAACACCGAUAUUUUAACGCUAGAGGUGAUUUUUGUGUCGUCGUUACAAGUAGCUGGAAUAUAUAGAAGAAGAAGAAAACUAAAAUCACACACGACAAAAUGAAGGCUGCUUUACGUCAGGCUGUACUGACAAUCAGUUUGUGUUUGGUUGUGACGUCAUGUAUCCAGGCAACGGAAGACGAUCGAUAUGUGACGCCACCAUGCUACCCCUGUGUAUGUUUCAACAACACUGAAAACCAGUUUGUUGGGAACUGUUCGUCACGAAAUCUCACGACAGUUCCUGCCUCACUUCCAAGUACCGUACAAAUCCUUUUAAUGAGAAACAAUGACAUAAAAACACUGCAGGCAGAAAUGUUUUCCAACCUCACAAAACUGAUUUAUCUCGAUUUGUCUGACAACAAAAUAUUUCAAAUUGACAGCAAGGCGUUCUACAAUUUAACAGAUUUACAAGAAUUGCAUUUAAAAAACAACUAUAUGAGAUCAUAUCCAGAAAAUGCCUUGUCUGCUUUAGUCUCUCUAAAGCGUCUGUAUAUGGAUGGUCUUGAUAAUGAAAUGUUUGGCCAGGGAUUUCUUCACCUGCGGCAGCUGGUUCUGAUGGACCUCUCUGGUGAUGGACUGAGGAAAUGCAAAAUCAUCACCUUGAAGAAUAACACAUUCACAAACCUACCCCACCUGGAAACACUCGUCUUGUCGCGUUGUAACAUCACAGACAUAGCGGUCGCUGCAUUUUCUCCCCUGACCUCACUGAAUGUGCUAGAUCUGUCUUACAAUACGAAUCUUGGCUUUCCCAGGCUUGGUAGGCUGAUGUACGGCGUCCAGAAUUCCUCACUCAGGGUUCUUAAAGCUAACGCCAUUGUGCACAAUUUAGCAAUGUGUGUUAUCAUAAAAAAGGAGCAUUUAGAAUAUUUUAGAAACACACAUUUGGAAACUCUAUACGUGGAUGAGAACAGAAUAGAAGCGUUUGAAAGUGGCGCUUUGUCUCUGUUGCCUACCACGUUGAAAUAUAUAUCUGCCGAGAGAAACAGAUUUACCGUUGGACGGUACAUCAACGAAGUGGUCAAUAUGGUUGGAUUAAUAAGUUUGAGCAUUACUUACAAUGACAGUCCUAUGGGCACGUAUUUUAAGUCCGUUGAAAGUUCGAUCAUUCCAGAAGGACAUGACCAAAUAUGGGACGCAUGCGCAGAAUGUUUGUCUGAUAUAGUAGGACCUUACCCAUGGGAAUUGUCGUCUCAAGAACCUGAUGUUGUGUAUGAUUUUAAAACGGAUUCUGAAGAUAUAAUAUCUGAUGUAAACGGAAAACAGAUAAUUUGUGUACAUAUACCUCCUUAUUUACAAACAUUAAAAAUUACUCGCAGUCAUCUUCAGUUCAAAUUAUCCAGGUUAUAUUUCACAAGCAAUAACAUUUCUAUCUUGGAUUUAUCAUUUAACCUUUUAGACAAAUGGAAAGGGCCCAUUUAUGGUUUGGAAAACGUAACACACCUUAACUUAUCAAACAACUGGGCUUCGAUUAUGUCUAACAGUUUCUUUGACCACUUCGACCGUUUGGAAUAUUUGAACUUGGCACACAACCUUCUUGGACGUCAGUUAGAAAACAAGCGACUCGGUACGUUUCUACAACCGCUAACAAGCCUGAAGUAUUUGGAUUUGUCAAACAAUGGCAUUCAUCGAUUCUACCGACACACUUUUGAUGGACUGGUCUCGCUGGAGACGUUGAUUGUAACCGAAAAUGUCCUUUAUUUGGACUGGCCUUUGAGAGUAAUAUUAAUGAAAAGUUUGAAACUUGUAAACUUCUCCAACAACCAGAUCCGUUGGCUUUCUAACAUUCUCAUGGACGACUUUACACAACUGUCGGAAUCUCAGAACAUAACGUUAGACCUAUCAAACAAUCCCCUGGCCUGCACGUGCGACAAGUUCUAUUUCAUUGACUGGAUAGUCAGUUCACGCAUCAACUUCUACAAUGUGGACAACUAUUAUUGCAUUCUAGCAGAUGGAAACUAUUCUCGAAUAGGCAACUGGAAGGACAACCUUGAUGAACUGAGACGCCAGUGUCGAGGUUUUAACCUGGGUCUGGUAGUCGGUGUUUUCCUGGCUACUCUAGUUUUACUUAUUGUCAUUGUUGGCGCUGUAGUGUAUCGCUUCCGCUGGAAGCUGAGAUACUGGUUCUACGCUGCGCGACUUCGGUACAGGAACGCCGCGCAAUCUCGCGACGAACCUUUCGACUACGCCGCUUUUGUGUCUUACGCCGACGACGACCGCACCAUCGUGAUCACCGACAUGCUGGAAAAGGUGGAGAGGACGGCGGGACUGAGGUUGAACAUCCACCACCGCGACUUCAUCCCAGGCGGCAUGAUCGUGGAGAGCAUCAUCUCGGCCAUUCAGAAAAGUUCCAAGACGUUGGUGAUGCUCAGCAGGAACUUCCUCGACAGUAGCUGGUGCAUGUACGAGUUGCAGAUGGCGCUGAUGGAGGAGGCGACGACGGGCCGCGAUAUCGUCGUCGUCGUCAUGCUGGAGUACAUCGCCUACAACGACCUGCCCAGGGCGGUGCGGCGUCUCGUCGACACAGACUCCUAUAUCCACUAUCAGCUCUUCGACGACAAAGACCUGUUUUGGGAAAGGGUCGUUUCCUCGCUGAAAGAUGGUUAAGCUGGCCAUUGCUGUUUUGUUGUUGUUUAAUGUCUAGCAAGACCCAUGUUUUACCAUGAAUGAUUUGUAUUGCACAAAGGAAUCUAUGAUAUUAACUGUGUAAUGUGUUUUUGUGGAAAUCGUGAUCAAUAAUUAUUCGUAAUAUAGAAAGAAAAAUCCAUCAAAUUGAAACUGUUUUGGAAAGCAUUCAGAUUAAUACUAUACUAUUGAUAUUUUGUGUGCAGACAUUUAUAUGGUGUCUCGAAAUCGUAUUAUUAAAAUUUAAAAAGACAAUCAUAUGGUAUGCACUCUGACAAAAGACAUUUUUUAACGAUUGUAAUUAAAAUAUCAACUGCAUUUUUCUGCAUAAAAUAUUAGUGGUUGUAUAUUAAACGUGUUUCUAAUCGUUCUACUAUUUGUAUUAGGUUAAAUAUUUCAUUUUAUU